UCAUGUCUGCGUGUCGUCUUUGAUCGGAAAUUUCACCCGCGACACCAGCCAUGUUUGCGGCCCUGGGGCAGGACAGGAUAUCCUACCCGAGUUCGUGGAGGGCUGCUGUGUUGAGCACGACUGUGUACAUAUUCCUUUUCGCUGUGUUUGUGAAGUGUCUGCAAUUCAUUGGACAGUGGUUAAGGAUCUACUGGCACCUGAGGAAAUGCCCGCAUCCUAAGGAACGAUGGCCCUUUUCACUCUUACUGGAUAUGUGGCAGGAGAUGCGCCAGAUGGACCCCAAAUUGAAUGUUCCUGCAAAGCUCUUCAACUACUUGAACAUGAUGUUCCAAACUGUCCUCGACCAAGAAGUGACAGUUGUAUAUUAUGGGCCCCAGCCAUUUGUUCUCGGAGUAACGCCCACCACUGUUGAGGCCCUACUGAACAACAGUGAAAACCUGAACAAAUCCUUCCUCUACGGCAUGAUGAAGCCCUGGAUUGGAAACGGCUUGCUGACAAGUGACAAGCACAUUUGGAGGCAGCGGAGGAAGGUGCUCAGCCCGGCGUUCCACUUUCGAACUCUGGACGAGUAUGUGCCCGUGAUGAACCGCAGGUCCCACGACCUGGUUCGAAAGAUGGGAGAAGUCGGAAAGGACUACUUUGACGUACUUCCCGCCAUGCGCCUCGCGGCGUUUGGAAUCUUAUUCGAAACCGCCAUGGGGAUCCAGCUUGAAGAAGAGAAAGUGGGGCAGACGGGAUUUCUGAGUGUGAAUGACGACGUCUCAACACGUAUCAUGACAAGGAUGCUCAAUCCGCUCCAGUGGUUCAACACUGUGUAUAACAACACUGAGGAUGGGAAGAUAUUCUUCGACCAAGUGAAGCUCAUCAAAGAGUACACGAUGAACAUACUGAAGACAAGAAAGGCAACUUACAAAGUGGGCAUGGCCGAAGAGGACAGAAAGAAAAGCUUCAUGGACAUUCUUCUUCGCAUGCAUAUGGAGGAAGGAAUAUUCACUGAGGAUGAAAUCCGUGAAGAAGUCAACACCUUCAUGAUUGGGGGAUUCGAUACAACAGCAACAGCGGCUGCAUUCGCUUUACAUCUGCUGGGAAACAACCCAGACAUUCAAGGCAGGGUACACGAAGAAAUUGACGCCGUAUUCGGCAACGACAGGGAGCGCUCCGUUACGGUUGAAGACAUCAAGAAGCUCAAGUAUCUGGAAUGUGUUAUCAAGGAAACACUUCGGUUGUACCCGCCUAUUCCGCUGCUUGCUCGCAACAUCGACAAGGACGUCACUGUCGGUCAAUACACCAUACCCAAAGGUACAGUAGCACUGGUGGGUCUCUAUUUUCUGCAUCGGCAUCCCAGGUUCUACGACAAACCGAACGAUUUUGUGCCUGAGAGGUUCUUGAGCACCAGCGAAAAGAACCCCUUCGUCUACGUGCCUUUCUCCGGCGGCGCCAGGAACUGCAUUGGUCAGAAAUUCGCGCAACUCGAAGACAAGAUUCUCCUGGCCCAGAUCCUCAGGAACUUCAAGGUCGAAUCCAAACUCGCCUCGAACGAUCUGCAGAUGUCGUUGGAGCUUGUCCUUCGACCAACUCAGGGAUUGGAAAUCAAACUCACACCGAGGAGUUCAUGAAGAUCCGUGUAAAAAAGAACUUACGGCUUUGCGCAAGCCGAUGUACAUACGCUCUGUGAUAUUUUGUGUUAUUUAUUUAAAUUAAUAAAGGUCAAAUGAAAUGC